AUGACUAAAAAGUCGCAAAAUGGAAGAGGACAUCGGCAUCUCAAAGCGCGAGUCGAGACCGCGGACUUUGUGGAAUCACUGACGAUGCUGAACGGUUUUAAUAAGCACAGACCUCUUAGUACGAUCGAGUUUGAACAGCAGUUGGAUUAUCUCUGUCAAUGGAUGGAAAAAUGGAGCGACCAAGUGGUAAGUUAAGAUAAAACUGUGUUAAUUAUCAAAGAUCGACUCGUCGAUCUUGCAGCCAUGCCGAAAACUUUUUGAAGUUUGCUAUUUAGACAUGCCGCGCGCGACCGACUGCGAGUAUUUGUUUACAGUAAAUUAUGCCCUCAUUGACUUUUGCGUUUACUUUUAUACUUAUGUUUAAGCAGCUUUUCUUAGCUGUGUAGCGCCCUUAAACCUUUUUAAUUUGAAUUUUGAGGAAGUUGAUUUUUCAAAACCUCUAUUUAUCGGAAGAAAGGGAAGCUAAUUACAGAUAUUAGACACCGUUAAAAUGUUAGUUUUACACCGGUUAUCUUCUGCAGUUUGCUAUGAAUUUACAGCUGUAGUUUCUGCUUCGAUCCUUUAUCUUAAAAACUUAAACUAUUCAAUAUGUAUGUAGACUUCAAUGCUUUCAAAAAUGCUUUAAAAAGCACUAUUCUGUACUCAAGGUAAUGCUCACAAAAAUUUAAUUUCUUACACCUCUGUAAUAAGCCGGUCUAAAUGGGGUUUCCUGACCUUUGCUAUUAUUCUAACUUAUAUAACUAGUGUUACAAUUGGGAAGUUUCUUCAUACCACGUUGAUUAUAAGUGUUGCCUGAGUAUUUCAAUAACCAGCAACGAAUACCCUUGACAGAGAAUUCAGAAAGCCAGCUGUCUUUAGGGUUUGUUUGUCCUUGGUCUGUUCAACAUCUUAAUUCAAAAGAAGGAUUAAAGGAUUUUGAGCACAAUUGCUCAAAUCUUUCAAGUCUCUCUCUUUCAUCGUUUCCACAAAUAGACAAUUUGGUACUGUCAAUAACACUGCAGUAAUAGCAAAACGACACAAUUUUUUAUCUUUGUUGUUCAUCAGUCUAGAAUAUUAAAAGGGUCACUUGAAAUUUAACUGACAUAUUCUGUUUCCAUGGAAACUGCAGGUACCACUUACAGAGAUGCUAUGUUUUUUUUUUCAUAAUGAUUUACAUACCAAUUUUAUCUAAUGACUGGGUUAAUAAAGGAAAUGUUACCCCCGGCACUAUUUGACCCUAAUGAGAUACCGUGAAUUCGUGUGCCUGACAUCUGCAGGGCUUUCAAAAAGUUUUUAAGUAGCAGGCUGAUAAUGAAUAGAAGGCAGCUUUGAAACUUACACCAUGUUUUUUCAUCAUAAUACAGGCAAGACUGGGAACAAUGCCAUCAAAAUGUCCCGGGCGUUCCACAACUUUGCAGGGUUUGAAUGUUUCUCAGAUCUAAACCUUCAAAAUAUGUGUUCAAUGUCAUUCAAAUCUGAGAAACAGAUGCUUUACAAUAAAAAGCACCAUCGAAUAAAAUCAUUUUAUUCAAUGGUACUUUUUUUUUGUUAGCAGUUACAGUAGAAGGAGAUGAAAGUAUAGCUGGCUAAGAAUGGGUAACUAGCCAGCAGUUUUGGCCGGCUACCAGCCCUUAUUGACAGCCCUCAUGUGACAACUUUUGAUAAUAAAUAAAUUUUUUAAAAAAUUCUGUUAUUUACCCUUUGCAGUAAUAAUAUUAUAGCACUAAUGCUAGUAGGCCGAGCAGAAGCCUGAGACAAGCAGUUUAAAUUAAACAUAAUAGGGUUAAGAAUCCCAACUGGCCCGAGGCAAGCUAUUUACAAGCGUGGUGGACCAAGAACAAAUCAACCUACAAUAGUAAAAUCCAACUAGUGGUCUAUUAUCAAUGCUGCAUUCUGAUUGGUUGAGCAGAUUUUGGAAAACUAAACAAUAGGCUAACUGUAUGUGAUCCAUUUGAAACACGAUCCAUUUUCAGUAGCAAAAAGUUUUUCUCGAAAACUCUCACAGGCAAGGACUUCUUUGAAAACCAUACAAUGGUUCCCGGCUGAAUCACAGGUUUGUUAUUCUUUUGCUAGCUAAAGUCUUCUUUGUUGUGUCUCCGAAAUGGGAAUUUUUGACCAACUAGUUGGUUCUUAAGUUUUAUGUGUCUAAAACAAUUAUUCCUCGGUUUGCCCUCAAUUUUUGUGGUUUUUAGCCUGUAAGUGGUCAAUAGCCCAUUCAGGCCUUUGGCCUCAGCUGUGAAAACCUUACAAUGGGGCUGAAUCGCAUUUUUGAGUAAAGUUGUUGAGCCCAAUCGGACUUGAGAAAUAAUUGUUAAAUAUGGGCUAUUGAGUCAGAGCCCAAUCGGACUUGAGAAAUAAUUGUUAAAUAGCUGUCAGGGCAGAAAUUGAACUUGGGGCCUCCAAAUUUUCCAGUCAAUGCUCUAACCGCUCCAACCAUGCUGCCUCCCCUUAAAAAAGAAUUAACCUGGUAUGUACAUUAACAUACCAGUAAUUUUAAUGGACAAUGCAGGUUAAAUCAGCAGUUGUACUUGCUCAAAUAUUGUGAAAGCGUAAACAGGAUCACUUACAUACAGUAAUUUCACUUUGCUCUUUUGUGGUUUUCAGAGACGAAAUUUGAUUGAUCUUCUUCUUCCCCGAUGUGAUCAAGAACAAAUCACUUUCCUGUGGACGGUGAGUUGAGAGACAGUGGCUACAGUAAUUUUUCUGCAAUGACCAUUUGGCUGUAAAUUCCACUCAACUCCCUUUCCCAUACAGAAUCUAAAAUGUCAAUCAUGCUUGGGUAAAAUUUGCUUUUUCUGUUCUUGUUUUGACAAUUAAUGUUGUUAAAUGCAUUGUCAUCAAAGUGAAAGACAACUUAGUGAAAGGUAAAAUUACUGUUUACUUGCAAUGAUCAGGUUAUUAAGACAGAGAGAAGCAAUAUCAAAAUAUAGUUUUGCAACCCAAUAUUACCAAGAAUGUGAGUCUGGGCUGACGUGCAGAUUAAGCUGAUGCGCGUACAACAUGCAGGCCUUUGAUCAUCCCAUAUUACAGUAGUUAUACUGGUAGACGUGAUUGUUAGACAAUAGUUUUGGAUACUUAAUAUCCUCAAUGUUGGGGAUAUUAAGGGAGGAAAAUUGGACUUAAGUGAGUGGCUGGAAAUUGAGCCCAAAUUGAUUUCUUUUUUAUGACAUGUGAGAUGCAUUAUCAUUAUAAUUUAUUUAUAAUGAGUUCUUGCAAGACAUUUAAUCAAAAUAAUGCAAUCGUUAUUAGUGUACAUUGUUUACUUUUAUCUCUUGUUUUACAUGUUUCAUCCAUUUAGGUGGUUGAACCAACAUUACACAGAGACUUUAUGUACAGCUCCCUUAAUGCAUUUCCAAGGAGCUCAUUUAGUCCCGUGUCAACACCCCUCUGCAGAGAAGUUCAUAAGAAGCUUGGAAAGCCUCGAUACAGGGUAAGUAUAGGUGUUAUACAUGAGGGACAAAUUGCGGAUUAUUAUACGUCUCUGGGAAACUGCCCACCUACCCCUCCCCUAAGCCAACAUAAUGUUAAGUGAGAAGUAAGUGUUAAUGUUGGCUUAGGGAAGGGGUAGGUGGGCAGGUCCCAGAAACGUAUAAUGAUCCCAAAUUGCUUUAAAAGCAAUGAUGUUUUGUAUUGUCCUACAUGACUAAUUACAACAGGGCUCGAAGUUAUCUUUUUAGUGCACUUGCAAAGUUUUGCUAGUAAGAUUUUUUUCCGCUAGCAAACUGGUGAGACCACAAGCAAAUUAUUUCCCUUUGUUUGGGAGACAUGGAUAAUUCUAACUCGCAAUCGUUUGCUAGUGGAUAUUUUUCUUACUCGCAGAUUAUCAAAAUCACUCGCAUUUUGCGAGUUUGCGAGCGUUAAUUUUGAGCCCUGUACAAGUACGUAUGCUGUAAUAUAAAUGAUCAUUAAAUUACCUGCCAAGGUUUUUUGGGGUCAAAGGCACGAGAUUUCUAUCCUGACUGAGGCAGCCAGGAUUUUUCAGGGAAGACCUGAUCAUAUACAUUUCCAAAAGAUCAGUGCUAGUACUUUAAAAUUCCUUCAAAAUCAGAGAUUGGGGAGAGCAUAAUCAUUGAAGUGGACUCUUCUUCUCUUACAUUGGUUUGAGUUGAUUUUCCUUUAACCCUUUAAGCCCCAGUAUCUACAUACAAAUUCUCCAAACCGAUCUCCAUACAUUUCCUUUAAGAAUUAGUCGAAAGAAUUUAAUAAAACAUUAAGGCAUUUUCGCUUUCAUGAUCAUUUUUUAUAUUCUCACAACCUUAUCUCUUGACAAUGUAUGGACAUUGUUGGGAGAAAAUUGCUUUUGAUCACUAUUGGGACUUAGAGGGUAAAUACAUAAUAUAAUUAAAUAUAAUAUUUUAAAAUGUAUCAGUUAAGGUUAAGGCUGUCACCAAGAUGUCAAGUUGCUGGACAACAAUUGGGCGGGGAAUCAAACAGCUAGGGAUUUAAAUUUUUUGUUUCUAUUCUUCAUCUAUUUGCCUAUGAAAGUAGCUGGGGGCCUUCUUCAUAGUAGCAAGGGGAAAUCCCAGUCCUUGCCCCUUAAUGACAGCCUUGUAAGGCUUUUUGUAAUUAGCUCAGUUCUUUGAGAUUGGUCAACAUUCAUAUAUUGAAGUUUUGUUUAACAGUUGUAAGACUCACUCACUGGGCUUCUUUAAUAUACCCAUUUUAUCCUUUUAAAACCAGUGAAUGACUGGUACACGUAUGUUGUGGUUCAAUUGACUCUUGGGUUAAAUUUCUUAGAAUCAUUUCUUUUUGUUCCAACCUUAUACACCGGUGAAGUGUCACACCUAAGGCGUAAUUGUCAUGCCUGUGGAUCAAAAACUUGGAUCUCAUGCUUUCUCACGUCUGUGUUGCGAAUUGUCACACCUGGUGGAAAAGUUUGAGCCAUUAUGGCAUUAACUGACACAUUUUGAAAAAUAUAUUAUUAUUUAAAGACACCGCAACCAAUGAGAGAAAAGAAAAGUCCACGUGAAUGAUUCAGUUUCUCUAAAUUCUCUUAUUUUAGUAGGGAAAGUCACUGGAGACGAGGUCGUGUUCCUUUGUGUUCCCAUUUUCAUGUUAGACAAAACUCUUCGAAACGUCUUUGGAUAUCUUUGGAUAUUAUUGGACCCCUAAAAAAUAUCCUGCAAUCUUAGGAUAAAAAUGUCGUGCCAGCAGGCCUAUAAAUUUUAAAAAGUUGGCAGGUAUAAUCUUAUUAUCGAUACUUUAAUAUUGGCAUAACCACAAACAAAGGGAAUUAAUGAAAUUUAGCUUAAACCAAAGAGGAUAAAGCUGAACCACACAUGUACAUGUUGUACAUGUAGAAAACAACCUCUCUACAAGUAGGGCCGGUAGGAAGUAGGCAGAUACAGGGUGCAGUGUGUGUAGACAGUGAGACACUGUUAAAGUUCAAGACCUACAUUGUAAGAAUUUAUGCUUGAAUUACCUUUCUUUGGUUUUCUGUCAGGCCUGGAAGCUGCACAGAGUUGAGAGUGCUAUCCUACAUGAUGAGGUCAGAUACAUGCAUAAAUUAUUAAACAAUAUAUUUUGAUGAUAAUUCUCAUACAUAACGCUUAACACAUCUUUUCAACAUUUUUAACAAUUAAAUUAUUUUGUGGGAGAAGGUAAAAUAUUCGAAGCAAAUUCUACACCCCAAUAUUCCAUAUACCCAAAAACCAUGCAUGGCCGUCGACCCAGAUAAAUUUACAUGUAGUUCAUUUUUAUUCAGUUUAUAACUUGUCUCUUCAGUCUCGCAUCCUUGAAAAAUUUAACAGUACAGGAAUCUAUUAAGCCUUUUACAACUUUUUUUUGCUUUGUUUUGUUUCCAUGUUCUUCACUGUUUUUUGUUUUUUUUUUAGAGUUUAGUGAGUGCUACACUCUUGACCAUUUGGCGCAAAAUACAUUUCACAUUUUACAUUAUCCACAACAAAAUCUUUAAAAAACUGUAGAAACAUUCACUAGUUAGCGAAGUUUGUGAAAUAUACUGGUGAGUAACUUAACGCAAUCUUAUUACCUUCAAUUUUUUCUUCGACUGUUCGAAAAGUUAAAGUAGAAGGCCUGAACGUUCCCGCCAUUUUUAGCCGCCUUGGUGCCGACUGUUACUUGAUUUAUGAUAAAUUGUAGUAUCCCGCGAAACCCAGCUACAGACCGGAACGCCAUUCAGUAUUACUUGGUCAACGCCAGGAAGCUCUAAUGGUUUUCAGAGAGAAAGAAAUACUACAUGUAUUUUAAGUUUCCUAAGAGUCUCUGUAUAAAAGCCCUGGAAUUGAAACCUUGGCCUUCCGCUGUGCAAACCAGCCCUUUCCCAACUGACCUACGCCCCACGGCGGUGUUUUAGCCAUUCCGAACUCUAGUUAUCCACCUGAGUUAUUUUAAAUGCCUAUAGAUUUGAAGUUGAAAUGCACAAUGUUGGUAAAGUUUUCUCGAUCUGUUUAUAAAAAGGCCCAAAAUAAAUUUCUUGUUUGUGGAAUAGGGUGAAGUGAAGAACUGGACGUGUGAAGCUGUUUUACCAAUCGUUAAAUCUCCCUCCCGCGCUGCUCCAUCUCGAGAAACCAUUAAGGGAACAAUGUAAGUAUAUGCUUUAAGUAGCUUUUAAGAAGUAUUGAGCGCACGGGGGGACGAUGGGAAAAUAAGAAAAGGCUCGAACUCUCCUUUCUCCCCUUUCCAUUGUCCUCAACGCGCUUUUACCUGUAAUUCAAACGUAUAUGGUUUCAAAAAAUUGAGCAAAAUUAAGAAAUUCAAGAUCAAGCCUUAGCUAUUUAACGCCUUACAUGUACGUCAACCGAUUUGUUGUUGUAGUCUUUGCUGUAGAAAUAUACCAAAUGAGCACAGACAUUCGCGUCCACUUUAUUUUGUUGCCUUCUAACGAUUGUUUCUUGAUUGACAGUUCUCCUGAAAGAGUAGAAUCUAGGGGAUCGUGGAAGUCAAAGACAACAUAUUUUGGCGUCAAGUUGCCUGGUAUUUCUAGUGUUGGUGGCCAAAAGAGGUCCUUUGGGCGACUUGCUGGCAGUCGAUCAGCCCCACCCGGUGGGGCUACCAAAACAUCUUACCACCAUGCUGUGAGACGCCACAUGCAGAAUGAAUACAGAAACGACGUGCUAAACCCCGCAACAACUACCAGUGAGAAAGCAGAGGAUGUGACGUCAUGGUAAGCAUGCGCAGCCGACACAACAGGCUCAGGGGGCCGAUUGCAUUUGGAGCUUAUCCUUUGGUAAUUGGAGGGCCUGGAAUUCCAUAGCAAGUCUUCUCAAAAGUAGUUUUUUGCUCACCUUACGAACGAUUCUGCCCGGUCUCGGAUCUCGGGCUGUGUUGAGCUACACUGAAUAAAAACCUGGCUUGAAGCAAACUAAUAGCAAUAAAUUUUUGUCCCAGGUUUAAAAUUGCCAAGAAAUCGGCUUUUAACUACAGUGUUUAGAGAGCACGCAACUACAACUGCAGCGUCAGACACUGUGUUACUCAAAUCCUCUAGCUAACAUGUUUUGAACCAACUCAACCUGGAAAAUCACGCCUUGGUGUGACUGGUACAUGUACUCGCCUUUUUUUUUUUUUUUUUUUUUUUUUCAGGAAAAGAUUGUAUAAAUCUAAGUCAUGUCCCAGCGUAUCUUUCACAAAAUCAACGUGGAGUCAACGUAGGCAUGUAAGUUUCAUUCACGUUUAUGUAUAUAAGGCCUAGGCCAAACGAACAACUUUUCCUGAGACCAACCAAACUCUAAUUUUAGUGUCAUUCGGGAUAAAAUUUAUUAGAAUUGUUUUUUGGUCUGUUUCAGUUGAUUGGUUGGACGCGUCCUAAGUUCGACGUCUGACGCAUCAGACGAUCUUAACUUAAUUUAGGUCGACCCAAAUUAGACUCUGGUUCGUCUCAUGAAAAGUUCGACGUUUUGGCUUCGCCGUACAGCGGUAAUUAUGUGUUUUCUGGUCACGAAGCUAGUUACUCUGAUGCAAGUAAUUGUUUGUGUAUUCCAUUAUUCAAACGGCGUGGUAGAUCUUCCUGUACCGGGAAACCGGUACAUGUAAAAUGGUGUUAAAAGUGACUCUUUGAAGGACAUAAAAAAUUUGUUUGCUGCUCCUACUUCGAAUUUUUAUCAACUAACAAGGAAUGAAUGAAUACGUGAAAAAUUUACGUUUUAAUACUUUGCCACGGCGCAGUUGAAUCAAGGAUGAGUUUGCGUUUGCUCCCCACCGCAGGGGCGGAUCUAGGGGGAGGGUGUAGGGGGUGCACACCCCACCUCCCUGAGAUGACUUGCGGUUUUCUAAUACAACUGGUAUUCUGCAAAAAAAAGAAACUAUGUGGUUUAUUGGUGUUGAAGUAGAGCAAGAGACGAGUGCACCCCCUCCUAAAAUAAAUCCUGGAUCCGCCCCUGCACCGUCUGACCGCCGCGCUCUCCUAUCUGAACGCCUGGAACAGGGUGUGGUGAAGUCCAUGCGCGAGCUAACUGAACUGCUCGCUCUGAAGGACUAGAAGAAUUGCCGCUGUGAAGUGCAUGUUAGCCUAUUUACACGUACUUUUUUGUCUUCCAGGUUCGAACUAAAACCGAGCAGUAUUCUAGCUCCUCUUUGUAUGCGGGUUCGUUGCCGGAGAACGCUCAAUGCCUUGUUCAGUGGUUUGAACAGCAAUGGAGCGGUAAGCAUCUGUACAAAUUCUGAUUCAGAUUGAAUUCAUUGAUUUUCUUAUAUUAAAGCAUUAAACGACUUUACAUUCAGCAAAGUCAUAAAUUAGCACAGCCAGUUGCAGACUUCACGCUUCUCAUGAUUAAUUAAGAGGUUUAAAAGUCAGACGCAAGAAUAGGGAGAUUAAGCAUCACGUUUACGUCAAACGGCAAACGUGAAUUUGUACCACGUGACCGAGUUUCCCCAUUGCUUGUCGUUUACUGUUCAUUAUUUCUACACAUAAAUCAGUGGUUUCACGCAAUUUUUUAUCCAUAAUAUAAGAAUUGUUUUGAUCUGUUUAAUCUGCUCAUUUCCUAUUGUGAGAAAUUCUCAACUUGAAUCUGACGUUUGCCGUUUCCUGCAUACGUGAAGCUUAAUCUCUCCAGUACUUGACCAAUGGAUACUAAGUGGUCAUACUGCUCCAUUUUCAAGGAAUAAAGGCACAAGCUCCCCAAAUUUCUUUUCCUUAAGUAAUAGCUUUUAAUGUCUUCUUAUUUUGCCUAUGUCCAUUUUUUUGCUAUAAAGUCCUGCCUCUAAAAGUACGAUCAAACUACACGGUUAAAUGUGAACUCUGCAGUUAUAAUGUUUGGGUGAAAAAGUCACCUUCAAGAAAGAACAUACGUUUCUUAUUAGUGGAGUUCAGCUGUUGUUGCUUUCUAAAUACGUUUAGCUGUUUAGCGCCAUGAUUUUGCUAAGUAAUCUUCAUUUUUCUUCUAGGUUGGCAGAAAAACGAGUUUCUUCAGCUUUUUUUAAGGGUUCUUGAGCCAAGCGAACUUUACUUUCUUUCUGGACUUCUUGCUGUAAGUUUUACGGUACAUUAGAGUAACAUCAAUAAUACUGGUAGUCGUAUUUUUCUUUAAGAUCCUCAGUCUCUCUCAGAGACCAUCUGCUUAGCAAGUCAGAGCUUGACUUGGAUUACCCGCGGUAGCGGUUACUCUUCUCAUCGUUUCAUGUACCUGAUCACCUAUUUUAUUCCCGCGAAUUUUUUAAUUCUUUCAAUGAAUAAAUGAAUUAUUUUUGUGUAACCUACACUGUUUUAUAUUUUGUACUUACUUUGCAGGUUAAACAGUAUCGAGAUUUCAUUUCUCUGCUCCCAGAGCCGUUAGCUAUCCGCAUUUUGUCUUAUCUAGUUCCCAAGGAACUUCUGAUAGUUUGCCAGGUAAAGACAGUACAAUGUAUUUAACGCAUCUUGAAAUUUCCUAGAUGUUUUCUGUGAAAAAAAAAAUAGUAGCGUGACUUACACUUGAUUUGUUUCAGGUGAGUAAAACUUGGCGUCGCCUUGCAUCAAGAGAUGAGCUGUGGCAGGCCAAAUGUAAAGAAACCUACGUUGGUGAGUUUUUUGUUUUGUUCUGUUUUGUUUCGAAACUUGUAAUGAACAAUUUGCCGAGAGAUAAAAAAUGUUCACCUCCCCAUUUCAGAACCUUUAAGGAGAUUCGCUACAAGCUUUCAACGCAACGAUACAUGUCAUCGUUUGAGUUGACAAUCGUUACUUAUAGUUGGUUAAUGGUCGCCUUGAAUACUAUCGACCAAUCAUAAGUAACGCUCAAGUCCACCCAAACGAUUCCAGAAAUCUUUGCGCCGAAAGCUUGAGCCCAUUCCCCUUAUAGUUUCUGGAGUGGGAAAUUCAUUCAAGCGGGAUGUCUGAAUAAAUGAUAAUUUGCAGUACAGACCACGGGAAUUGCAGCAUCACACGAAUGCAUUUUCUUCCGUGUAAAUCUGCUGUAUUGCACGCGAAUCACAGGAGUAAUACACGCGCGAAACACGCGUGUAAAAACUACAUGCAAAAAUAUACGAGAAGAUUAACGCGAAUUUUCGGAAACUGAGUGUAAAAUGUUACACGUAGACUGCGUGUCGUUGACAACUUUCAUUUUUCACCUUUGGCUGAAAUCUGUGAAGCGAUGAUCUCGCCCCCAAACCGUGCUUUGAAUAUUGGUCAUAUUUCGAGGAAAAAUAGAACAAUCGUUUCUCUCGCCAUGUCAGCUACAAAGUUACAGUCGAUUAGCUUUUGUUAGAUGCUUUGAAGAAUGCAUAUAAACAUGAAUUUGUUUACACAAAAUUAAAGGUGUACCUCUGAGCAUGCCUGCAGUAUGGAAGGACAUAUUCAGGGAUAAUUUGACCUUGAAGCGAAACUGGGCGAAUGGCCGCUGUAAAGUCACUGACAUGGCUGGUCAUAAGCACAAGUGAGUAAACUGUUCUAGGGAGCCUACAUGUAAAGCUUUUGAUUAAAUCUAAAAAUAAAUUGGGUUAUGGGUUGCCUUUUGUUGCUUUCCGUGUUGAUUUAUCCCCUUGACUGAACUGUAGUAAGAGUGACGAAUCCACCACCCCUUUCCUCAAAGGAAGCCGUGACAACCCUGCAGUCGACCACUACAAUCAUUUAUUUAUUUUUUAACUAUUACCUUAUGUUACAUCUUUGUAGAAUAUGCACUGACGAAAAUUUAGGCUUUUCGUUGAUGAUAUAAGAGACGGCAGGUACAAAACGCAGGUCACAGGUCACAGGUCACAAGCAAGUUGGGUCACAAGUCAGGAGUUAGAGUACCGUUAACCGUGCUCUGGUAAAUAAACAACACUAAAAUUGUCUCCUAACCUUAAUCACAAUCUGAAAUAAAGUUUUUGCUUAAGGAAGAACGGUUUGGUGGAGUUAUUUAUCAAUAGAGCAGUGACCUGCACUUGUGACCUGUGACCUGUAUUUUGCACUAUGAGAGAAGCAAGCUGACAGCUAUGUUCGCGAAGGAAAUGUAGAUCAGGCCCCAAGUGUUUAAAAGGUGGAUAAAUCUAUCCAUGCACUGGAUAAAUCUUUACCUAGUGGAAAACACAAUUGAUUUCCUUAGUACUUGUCCACUGGAAAGUGAUUUAUCUGUUGGAUAGCGCUAUGUGACGUUUGAGCGCUAUCUGAGUUGUAAAAUUUUUAGUUGUCUCGUUUCUCUGUAGUGUCCUUUGCGUGUGCGCUUACAAGAACUACAUUGCGACUGGAAGCCUCGACAGAACAAUAAAGUAAGCAAAUUAACAUUCCUAUUUAUUUUCAUGACUCGACGUGACAGGAAUGAGCUGGCUGAGGGGGUGCAGCUCUUACUAUGAACCCGGCUGCGUGUUCAUUGCCGUCCGAAUACCAUACAUAGUUCGAUAUGGUACAGGGGCGGAUCUAGGGGACAUGAGAUGUUCGAUAUGGUAUUCUGCCCCCCUAAAAAAAAAAAAAACUAUGUGGUUUAUUGGUGUUGAAGUAGAGCAAGAGACGAGUGCACCCCCUCCUAAAAAAAAUGGUAACUAACGAAUCUAUAAUGACAAAAAUGAAGUAAGAAAAAAAUGAAAAAGUGAAGUAAGUCAAGCUAAUCUAGCAGUUUGCGCUUCCUGACAAAGCCCUACCCCCACUCCCUCCCUCCUAAAAAAAACCGUGGGAUGCAGUCGCACAAACCCUCUGUGGGUUAAAGAUAAGAAAGAAAUGUGGAAAGCAAUUUUAUUAAAGGUGAAAGUUCAAGAGCUAAGAUGAGUGCAUUAUAAUGAUCAGACCUUUUAUACCUUACAACAAUAGAGUCAAAUAAGGCUAUAACGGAUCACGUGUGUAUUUAUUUUAUUUUACUUUAUUUUUCAUUUUUUACACUCUUUGUGUCUGUUAUAAUUACUCAAAGCUUCGUUCCGCUUUUCCUGUUUAACAUCAACCCUUUGCCAAGUGCGUUUAUUGCCUUUGAGCUGAGGAACCGAAAAGGCUUUCUACUCUGUACUUGACGCGUCUUAAGUUUGACAAACGUUUCUUUAAAAUAAUAUAUAAUUGUCUAAUGACAGUAUGGUUACAUUUUAGGUCAAAAUUAGUUAUACGUAACUGAUAAGUUAUUUUUAACAGAAUCUGGUCUGCCAAUACCGGAGCUUUGGUCCAGACAUUUCAAGGUCAUACGGUAGGAAAUUUCGCUGCAUUUACUGACUAUACAUGAGACCCACAUUACACUUUUCUUACUGUGUCACUGUUUUAGCCAUCGUAUUGCUUACGUAUAAAUGAUUUAUGGACUGGUCUUUAUGCUUACUGCGAGUGUAAAAAAAGUCUGGAAUCGAUUCGUAUAAACUUUCUGCAAUUAUAAUCAUAAGUGUAACUCAGUAUUCUUUUAGAAUCUGAAACAUUAGCUACACUAACCUUGUACAUUACUCGUACAAACGUUUUCCUGUAUUGAGCCCGGCUGGUUGGUCAGUUUUUUAUGUUCUCAGAUGGUAAGCAUCCUGAUGUUUUUUUGGUUUUGUAGCGCGGUAUCUGGAGUCUACGGUUCCUGUCUAGUACAAUUGUAAUAAGCAGUUCAUACGACAAAACGAUCAGGGUAAGGAUUUUAGUUUUUAUAACGGAGAUUGCUGCCUGGUCUUCUAGCUAAGCAGAACUAUAACAGUGAUCUGGCCAGUGGUUGCAUAUUAAUGUAAAUGAUUUGUUCUCAUGUUAAACCAGAAUUCCACCUAGUUUGUUUCACAAUUUUCUGUUGUUUCGAACCCCUAAUUAUUCAUACUAAAGAGACCAAAGAAAUUUUGGUUUAACCUGAGAAGGGAAUUAAUCUACAACGGUGAUAUGCUUUUAACCGUGGAGAGACAUUUCUUUCUGUGUGUGUGCACGCUUUUCCAUGGUAGGGCUAUCGUUUAAAUAGGUUACUAUCUUACCUUUCCAUUGAAACUACAGAGACCGGUAUCACCCUCUCUAGUUGGUCACUGAAUGUUGUUGCUGCAUGGGCGACCCCUUAAGCGUUUGCCGUGUUUUGGUUUCCAAAUAAGUAGUUGGGAAACAAUCUCAUUCCUUCUUUUCCAACAGUGGCCACUAAAAUGCAGCCGACGUAUAUAGGGACAAUGGCAAAUAGGCGUUAGAGCCAAUUGCUGUUUAAUAAUUCAAAGUUGUGUUUCCUUUUAAGCUUUGGAGUCUGCGGACAAAUAUGUGUGUGAGGUAAGUCAUCUAAGUGUGGACAGUGACCAAUGACGUACGCUUAACAUGAGAACGGCGUGAGAAGCGAGAAGCAAGGGCGUCCACUCUGGCAGCCCAAAAUUGAGGCUGUUUCCAAAGCUUGAGUGAAUGAAUUACUCGUUGCCCUCACACUUUUCCCACCUCGUGUGCCCAAGUUGUACCCUGUCCCUGUCUCGUGCUUGCUCAACGGAGGCCGGAAGAAAGAAGUAAAGGUUCUUGGAACCCAGAGAGUUUAAAGUUGUGUUUAUUUGUCAUUUCCCAUCAUCACACAUUGUCGAGAUACUAAAUAAAUACAACCGUGGAAAUAUAGCGAGACACUGAGUAGGAAAAAUUAAACUACAGUAUUAGGUGAAAGGUGCAAGACUAAACAGUGCAAAGGAGAAGAAGCUUACACGAGAUGUUGUGAUUGUAACGAUAGCAGUGAGCUUUGUGCUUUUUUGUUCACAGAAUACUAAUAGGGCACGAAGGUCCAGUCUGGGCAAUCGAACGAAAAGGGGAUUUUCUUGUCAGCGGAUCAAGCGACAAAACGGUCAGUAUAAAGUUACUUUUUAGCUCGAAAAAACACUUGCAAAUUCGCAGGUUUUCAUAAAAACGUACCCCUUCUCUCUGAUAACCUUAACAUCCCGACACUUCCUCGCCCAUAUUUUGCAUCUUGGCAUUUGAGCGCAAUUUUUGAGAACGAAGGCACACCGCCAAUGGUAAACAAGAUGUCAACGUUUUGUCAAACGUUUUUCAGUGUUGACUGACUUUAGUUGGAAUAAACAAGUCCACGCUGAACUUCUUAUUUCAUUCAUCAUCUCUUCCAGGGUAAAAUCUGGAACAUUCGUCAAUGCAAACCUCUCCUCUCUUUGGUGGGACACAAUGGCUGUGUUUUUUGCGUUGAUUUGGACGACGAGUGCAAAAGGGCAUUCACUGGAUCUGGCGAUAGGGUAUGUGUAGUUUGUUGUUAUUAACGUAGUAGUUGCCAAAUGUAGUAGGUUAGAUAUAAAUCCGCUCAGGGAUUGCGGGAGGUAUGUCUGCUAGUCUGUUUUUCAUUUAGAGAAGUUUAGUUGACAGUAGUUGUUGGGACGUUUCCAAACACCAUUCGAAGACAAACUAAAACCUCGUUCCCAGGGUCCUCUUGUUUCCGUCCCUGCCUCGUGUCCAGUUCUAUUCCUAACGCGCACGAAGGGAGAAGGGGGCAUAGGGAGAGGUAUAAUGGAAGUGGACUGUGGAUGAGUUAUUUCCUGUUCCCUCUUUCUCGCCCCAGAGUCAGAAAGAAGAGGCGCCCUGGGAAGGAAGUCGGUUGGACAAGCAUCUCAUUGUCUCUUCGAUCUAUUGAUUUGUCUCUUUCAGACUGUACGUGUUUGGGAUGUUUCCACGGGCUCUUGUCUUUCGUCAUUUAACAUCGGGCAGUCAUCAGCCUCGACGGUGACUACUGUUAGCUAUGAUCAGGUGAGAGACCUUGAGGGAUUCGUUAGGAUCGUUACAAGGAAUUGAAUUCAAUCCUAAGAAAAAGCCUCUUGGGUUUAACCACUGAGCCGGUUACCUUUUGUACCCCCUUUGGAUAACGACAGUCAUAUACAUACACGGUACGUCCGGGAGUGAAUAUACCUUUUGUAAAGUCUAUGAACUUUUUCAAUUUACGCAGGCGUCCGUAAAACUGCUUAGAGAAAAUAUUUUUCGGAAACCGGGAGCCCUGGGACGUCAUUAUUAUUAUUCGCCUUCCUCUACAAUCCAGAUUUUACAAAUAUUUUGUAAUUUACUGUUUCUCUUGGUUACUGUAAUGAUAUUGCGACUUAUCAAAGUCCUUGCUCAAACCUGGGCGAAUUAUUGUAAAGGGAUCAACCGAAUUGCGAAGGUAUGCUGAUGCAGACUUGACUAGGUGUUGUGGUUCUUGAUGAAAUGAGCAGAACAGAUUGGUUUAAACAUGGCGAUAGAUUACAAAGAUGGUAAACUUUAAACUGGUUAGUAAGUGAGUUGAGAUUUUUUGGUUUAAACUUCUUUGACUUCUUUUCUCAUGUAUGUUUUCCUUCAGGGACACCUGGCAGUGGGAUCGGGAACCAUGGUGUCGCUUUGGAAUUUAGAAACCGGUUCCUGUAUAAACGAGUUCAGUGGACACAAAAACAGGUAGAAACCUGUGCUUUUUGCUUAUAGAAAGAUGAAAUGUUAUGGUGCAACAGAAUGCCGACGGAACAUAUAAAAUACCUGAUUCAACAAUAAAGGUUGAUUUGGGUAUUGGGCAGUUGCGCAGUGGUAAGCUAUUGUUUUGCGGUCGCUCUAUAACACUUACUCAAGCAAAUCAUUGCAGUGAGUUCUGUAUGCCCAAUUGCCAAAGCAGCCUUUAUUGAAUUAGAUAUAUGCAGAGAAGACUCUCUUAAAUUAAGAUGGACAGUGAAAUAAGACGGCCACCCAACAUUGGUUCCCGACAGUUCUUUAUUCGCCUUCUAUUUGACUGUCUAGAUCAGUGGACAUCUCUCUAAGAAAGACACUUAAUAGUGCCUGCCCCAAAGGUGUUCGUCUUGAGAGCCGAGUUGGCUGUAUUGUCUAACUUAAUUCAAGCUGUAGUGUUCAACUUAAUUUAAAAGAAUUGUAGGAUUAUGAUCACAUAUCGCUGAAGUCAUGGGUCUUGAAAACAUUUGCUCUCUUUAGGGUUGAAUCUGUUAAGUUAAAGUUUAUGAUGGUGAAUGGAAGGAAAGAGGCGGGAUUAAUUUUGAGUGCUGGAAAAGACGGCUUGAUAAAGUACUGGGAUAUUGAAGAGUAAGUACAUGAUUUCAAUCGUUCUUAACUAAAAUCAUUUCUAGGCUAUUUUUAAUGUAGUUGGAGAAACUCUAUUACGAAAAAAAGUCAUUCCCUUGUGUCUUGUUAAGUGCCUCUCCACCCCCCUACCUUUGUCGUAAAUGUUCACUAGUCUGUGUACACUUACCCCUCCCCUGAGGAAAAAUGGAUCUUCCAUGAUAGGCGCUUAGAUGCUGUCGGGUUGAGCGUAUGAUCCCAGUUUUUUAAAGCAAUGGGCCCUUUUUGGAGACGAUUGCAGUCAUUUUCCUCGUCUUCAUUUGUGGUCAAAGGGAAUCAUGGAUACUAAUAAAUCAGUUCCUGUUUAAUGAAGUAUACUCCUUUGGGUUUUUCUAACAAUGAAUGAUUUUCCAGUAAUCGGACACUUAGUUAUGCGCACAGGAUUAUGGGAUCGCCAGGGGGCAAACAUUGCAAGUCGCUUCAAAGGAUUGUAUGGCGUGGAGCUGUUUCUCCUUUAAAAGCAGUGUCUUUGGACAGAGAACGUAACAUUUUGCCGUUAUUUUAUGAGAAGCGGAGGUGACUAAUAUUGGUGCGAAGAAAUUGUAAGUUUUUGUGGGAUCAAUGCGAUGAAAUCUAUCGAUAAACACUGAUUCUUGCGAAAGGUCGACUGUGAAUUUACUGAAUGGUCUCGAAAUAUAUAGUACUGACUUAAGUAUAAAUGAGCGGGGAAUGCGAACUCAUUUAAGCCUUUCCAGUUGUACUUAGAUGUGCUCAUAUUUACAAAGAGUGUAAUUACGCUCCGCUCGGCGGCGAUCACAAUGCUGUGCCGGCUUGCGACAACGAUCGAAGGUAAGCUUAUGUAUUGUCGAACUUGAUAUGUAUUAAAUUUAAAAACAAAAACAUCUUCCGCUCAUUAGUAUAUUGAUUUCUUCUCGCCAAAAAAACACAAGCGAAAUGUUUUGUCAUGAUCCAGAGAACCGAUGAGUUCUAAUGCCUUUUCCAAUCAUUUUGAGGGAAGAUAUAGAAUCUCUGAAUUUGGCACAUCAACUUGGUAUUUAUUUUCACACUCACCGCUUUUGUAUCGGAAAUCUUACUGGUUUGUACGAUUUCUGCCUCAUCUACUAAUGGUUAAAUACCAUGUACUUUCCAUGAAAUAUUUUGUAGAUGUCACUUUGUUUAUACCAAAGUAGAGGAGGAUUUUCUAUUUUUAUGGCCACGUACAUACCUACGAUCGUUGACUUGUCACAACCCGCAAAGCGCCGCACAGCGCUGAUCGCGGCCGAGCGUAGCUACACUCGUCGUAAAUAUCACCACACGUAAUUAUAACUUAAACGCUUAAAUGAGCCAAUCCCCCUACAUGUAUACCUAAAUUUGCACUAUAUAUUUCGAGACCUUUUCUUCGAAUUCUUCAUGUCUGUGUAAAUUCAGUGAACAAAAAUUUCCGGGGUUUAGACAAUGGCAAAAUUUGCAAUAAAUUCACACUGUAGUUAUAAGAAAAAUUUAGCCAGAAAGUCACUUUGUAUUAUUAUUAAAGAAAAAUUUAGCCAUUAAUUAACGGCUAAAUUUUUCCUCUUUAUUAAACAAAAAUUUAGCCAUUAAUUCACGGCUAAAUUUUUCCUAUUUAUUAAACAAAAAUUUAGCCAUUAAUUAACAGCUAAAUUUUCAUUAACUAUUUAUAACUAAAAUUGCCAUUAAUUAUUUAUACAAACGAAAAAUUUAGCCAUUAAUUAACGGCUAAAUUUUCAUUAACACAUAUACAAACGAAAAAUUUAGCCAUAAAUUAACGGCUAAAUAAUUCCCAUAUAUAUAUAUGAAGACAGCUAAACUUAGCCGUUAUUUAACGGCUAACUAUUUCCCAUUAUAUAAGUAUCAUGCAUUUUUAGCCGUUAAAUAACGGCUAACUAUUUCCCACUAUAUUAUUGUCAUGCAUUUUUAGCCAUUAAUUAACGGCUAAAUAUUUCAAACUAUAUAAGUGGCAUACCUUUUUAGCCGUUAAUUAACGGCUAAAUAUUUCCUAUAAACAUAAAGAUACAGCUAAACUUAGCCGUUAUUUAACUGCUAACUAUUUCCCACUAUAUGUUUCCUGCAUUUUUAGCCGUUAAUUAACGGCUAAAUAUUUCCGAUAUACAUAAGAAAACAGCUAAACUUAGCCGUUAAAUAACGGCUAACUAUUUCCCACUAUAUAAGUAUCAUGCAUCUUUAGCCGUUAAUUAACGGCUAAAUAUUUCCGAUAUAUAUGAGGAUAUAGCUAAUCUUAGCCGUUAUUUAACGGCUAAAUAUUUCCCAUUAUAUAAGUGUCAUACCUUUUUAGCCGUUAUUUAACGGCUAAAUACCUCCAAAACAUAUAAAGAGACUGCUAAACUUAGCCGUUAUAAAACGGCUACCAGGUUUAAUGAUUAGAACUACUUAAUAAAGUACUUAUGAUCCGUAUGAUUGGAUGUAAAAGAUUAAAUCUUAAUCAUUGAUCACGCUGUUUCAAUAAAUUACAUUUUAAUGGGUAUUGAGUUGCUAGUUUUACUUGUCCCACUCCUUCUUCCAUAAUAUGUAAAAGUCGAUCCAUACAAUUUUAAACACAACUUUUCUCGCGAGUAGUAUACAUUUAAGGUAAACAUCUCCUUCAAAUAAAAUUUGAUAACAUUGUUGAAGUUUAGGCCUCAACCACAGAUGACAAUAAAAUACAAUUUUAGAGUUAUCCCGGGGUCGGGCAUUUGCACACUUAUUUCAGCCCCACCGUGAGGUCUUUGUAUGAAUCCCCGGCCACCAGCCUCUACCGUAGGGCAAUUGCAGUGGUUCUGAAAAAAAAAAACAAACAAACAAACGCCCCACAAAUUCCCGGGGAGGAGGGAUAAUUUCCAUGUCAUUCCAUGAUUCGGCCUCGCAUUUCUUUCCAAAUUGAAACUUUUCUUUCCUGGCAAAAGCCCCCCUUCUCUACCACCCUUACUAAAAACCAAAUAGACCACACAACAAAAGUCCUUUGCCCAUGGCCUUCUCCUGGUUUUAUUGGCUUCUGACGUUCUUUAUCCCUUGAUCUUCCCUCACAGCCAUUUAGAAUGAAGAGACAAAAAACGGCUGUGAGCGACAGUAACGUUCUAGGAUAAACACCCCAUUUUGGCCGAAUCAAUUAACGGCUUAAAGAACCAACUGCGGAGCAGUUCUUUUAAUGUUGGCUCCGGUGAGAAGGGAGGGGCAAAUUUCGUCGUUCUCUUUUUGAGGCCGUUUAGAAUUAAAUGUCAACUUACUGAACCUCCCCAGCCUCUCCCCCGCGCGGUCCCUAUAGUUCGUACAUAAUAAGCCAUUAUUUAAUGGCUAAGUUGAACCUCCUAAAGAAUAUGGCUAAGUUUGACCUCCUUUAUGUAUAUAUGUUGAAAAUAUUAAGCCGUUAAAUAAUGGCUAAGUUUGACCUCCCUCAGGUAUAUAUUGGAAUUAUUUAGCCGUGGAUUAACGGCUAAGUUAAACCUCUAUAAACACAAAGGAAUUAUUUAGCCGUUAAUUAGCGGCUAAGUUUGACCUUCUCUCCAGCCUAUAGUGGAAUUAUUUAGCCGUUAAUUAACGGCUAAGUUUAACUUCCUACACAUAUAUAAAAUGACAUGUUUAGCCGUUAAUAAACGGCUAAGUUUAACCUUCUUUCCAUAUGUAUGGGAAAUGUUUAGCCGUUAAUUAAUGGCUAAGUUUAACCUUCUUUCUUAUAUAUGGGAAAUGUUUAGCCGUUAAUUAAUGGCUAAGUUUAACCUUCCUUUCAUAUAUAUGGGAAAUGUUUAGCCGUUAAUUAAUGGCUAAGUUUAACCUUCUUUUCAUAUAUAUGGGAAAUAUUUAGCCGUUAAUUAAUGGCUAAGUUUAACCUUCUUUCUUAUAUAUGGGAAAUGUUUAGCCCGUUAAUUAAUGGCUAAGUUUAACCUUCUUUUCAUAUAUAUGGGAAAUAUUUAGCCGUUAAUUAAUGGCUAAGUUUAACCUUCUUUCUUAUAUAUGGGAAAUGUUUAGCCGUUAAUUAAUGGCUAAGUUUAACCUUCUUUUCAUAUAUAUAUGGGAAAUAUUUAGCCGUUAAUUAAUGGCUAAGUUUAACCUUCUUUCUUAUAUAUGGGAAAUGUUUAGCCGUUAAUUAAUGGCUAAGUUUAACCUUCUUUUCAUAUAUAUAUGGGAAAUAUUUAGCCGUUAAUUAAUGGCUAAGUUUAACCUUCUUUUCAUAUAUAUGGGAAAUAUUUAGCCGUUAAUUAAUGGCUAAGUUUAACCUUCUUUUCAUAUAUAUGGGAAAUAUUUAGCCGUUAAUUCAUGGCUAAGUUUAACCAUCUUUUCAUAUAUAUGGGAAAUGUUUAGCCGUUAAUUCAUGGCUAAAUUUUUCCUACGCUAUACAUAUAUAAAAGGAAUAUUUAGCCGUUAAAUAACGGCUAAAUUUCUCGUUUGUAUAAAUAGUUAAUGGAAAUUUCAGUUAUAAAUAGUUAAUGAAAAUUUAGCGGUUAAUUAAUGGCUAAAUUUUUGUUUAAUAAAGAGUAAAAAUUUAGCCGUUAAUUAAUGGCUAAAUAAUUUCUAUAAGAAGGACAUUAUUUAGCCGUUAAUUAAUGGCUAAAUUCUCGGUUUGUAGAAUAUACAAAGUGACUUUCUGGCUAAAUUUUUCUUAUAACUACAGUGUGAAUUUAUUGCAAAUUUUGCAUUUAUAUAUACACCCAAAAAUUUCAAACUCAACCUCACUCAAGGAGUGUUUAUCGAUAGAAUUUAUCGCAUUAAUCACAUAGAAACUUGAAAUUUCAACGUACCAACAUUAGUCACCUCCGUUUCUCAUAAAAUCACGGAAAAAUGCGGCAUUCUAUGUCCAAAGACACUGCUUUUAACGGAGAAACAACUCGACGCCAUACAUUUCUUUGUAGCGACUCGCAAUGUUUGCCCCCUGGCGAUCCCAGAAUCCUGUGCGCAAAACCUGGAUAUCCGAUUACUGGAAAAUCAUUCAUUUGACGUAGACUGUCGUGUGUCUUCUCAAUAGCCCUUAUGCAUUAGUACGUCAGACGAGCACGUUUCACCACCACGCCUCGUCUCUGAACAGCAUUCUUUGCAUUAUCACUCUUCGUGCAUAGUUAUUCUUUCAAAUCUACUGCUGUGGGAAUUAAUUUACGUAAAGACUUUGAAAAUUUACAAUCGUAAAACAAAGCGUGGUUUUGAAAUUUGUUUGUCUGACGUAAAAAUGCAUAAAGGUUAAUAGUGCAUCGAACUGAUAAAAACGAAAUAUAGUCUGUAGAAAACACUCUCCACCGUCGUGAUGUGUCGACUGACAAUACAUUUUGUCAUUAAUUGACUGGUUUUACGGUUGAUGGAUGGGUGAAUGGAUACGUAGACGAAUCGGUGACAAUAAACAUCUUUCUAAUUCUGUGAGGAAAUCAUUGAUGGACUGACAAAAUGUCUGUUGUUCUUAUUUCCAGAGCUUCUUGCAUUCAGACCUUGAAAGGCCACAGGGAUAAUGUGAACUGCAUUCACGUGGAUUCCACCAGAAUAAUCAGUGUUUCUUUUGAUCGCAGAGUUCGAAUUUGGGAUUUUAACUCAUGAGUCUUUUCUGUGGAUCGCUUACCUAUGAACGUCAGUUGCCAUGUCUUGCUUCAUUUUAGCAGUUGCAUCUACGAAAUAACCUAACACAGUCGAACUGGCCGCCACUUACCUCUGCCCACAAUGCAAGAUGACUGGCAUUGUUAAGAGCUUCGACUGUACAGAAGCUUGUGAAGACACUGGACUGAACAACACAUACAACGGCAGUGGUCGACGACAAUGUUUUCUGCACACUAAAUGCACGUGUUUUAUCCUGCGUCCUUAGAAAUGAGACAAUAGGCAGUUAGUAAAAAUUCGGGCCUUUUUAUCAUUGUUGGCAUAAUUAUCAUCUCCCUCAUCAUCAUCAUCAACAUCAUCAUCUUCCAAUAACUGAGAGCGCGACGACAGUUUUACUCCAGUCUUACUGUAGAGAAGUGUGAAAUAUUGUGCCGAGUAUGAAAUAGUGACAUGCUCUUAAAACAAAAAUGCACUAGUUAAAAUUCAAAUUUUUGUAGCUAAAAUUGUCUUUUCUGGUUGUAAAUAGAAUAUAUUUAAAUUGUAAAAAUUGUAAAUAGGAGAUAUGUGAAUGAAAAAAUCGUGUUUAUCAAUGGAAUGCCAC